GCCAUUGAACUUUGGAUCGAGAAGCACGCAAAAAGCACUCACCCGAAAGGAAAAAGAAGCUCAGCUUCCUGUUUCAUCCCUCUGCAGAUUUGUCACUUGUGAUCGACGUCCCUUCUUCACAUCUUUCUCAUUCCCACCAAAGUUUCCAUUUUUACGCGUAAAACUCACCCCAUAAAGCUAGUCACCCCCUCAAGAACACCCUUCGCUCUGCCUCUCAUGAGUGGUCCUUUUCGUUCAGUAUUAUCUGGUUCAGAGGCUUUUUGCUCGAGUUGGUCAGCAAGACCAUCAUCAAUGAAACGCUCGUCGGAUCUGAUGAUCUUGUUUCUGAUUGCAUGGCUUGUUUCGGCGGUCGCUGUCGUGGAGGACGAUGUCAAGUGCUUGCAGGGUCUCAAAGCCUCGCUCAGCGACCCGCAAGGGACGCUCGGUUCUUGGAGAUUCGCGAGCUCGUCGGUCGGGUUCAUAUGCAAGUUCGUGGGCGUUUCUUGCUGGAACGACCAAGAGAAUCGUGUGAUCAGCCUCGAGCUCCGGGGCAUGGACCUGACAGGGCAGAUUCCGGAGUCACUGCAGUAUUGCCAGAGCUUGCAGACCUUGGAUCUCUCCAACAAUGGCCUCUCUGGUACAAUCCCUUCUCGAAUAUGCACGUGGCUUCCUUACUUGGUGACCCUCGAUCUGUCAAGCAAUGGCCUUUCGGGCUCUAUACCACACGAGCUAGUGAACUGCACUUACUUGAACAAUCUUGUGCUCUCGAAUAAUCGCCUGACCGGGACUAUACCAUACGAGUUCUCGACUCUAGAUAGGCUCAAGAAGUUCUCGGUCGCGAACAAUGAUCUGAGAGGCACGGUCCCUUCCUUCUUUGAUGGGUUUGGUAAGGCAAGUUUUGCAGGGAACGGUCUCUGUGGAGGGCCUUUAGGGAAGUGUGGUGCGUUGAGCAAGAAGAACCUGGCGAUCAUCAUUGCCGCUGGGGUUUUUGGUGCAGCUGCAUCUCUGUUGCUAGGUCUGGGCCUGUGGUGGUGGUAUCAUCUGAGGGUUGUGAGGAGGAGGAAGAGAAUGUACGGGAUGGGGAGGGAUGAUGAUAGUGCUUGGGUUGAGAGGCUUAGGGCUCAUAAGCUGGUCCAGGUUUCUCUGUUCCAAAAGCCGAUCGUCAAGGUCAAGUUGGCCGAUCUAAUGGCCGGCACAAACAAUUUCAGCGCGGAGAAUAUAAUCAUAUCCACUAGGACUGGAUGCACUUAUAAGGCCAUCCUUCCGGAUGGAUCCGCGCUUGCGAUUAAGCGGCUCAAUACUUGUAAGCUCGGGGAAAAGCAGUUCAGGUUGGAGAUGAAUCGGUUAGGACAGCUGAGGCACCCGAAUUUGACGCCCCUUUUGGGGUUUUGUUUAGUGGAGGAAGAGAAGCUGUUGGUUUACAAGCACAUGUCCAAAGGCACUCUUCACUCUUUGCUCCUUGGAAGCAGUGUUUUAUUGGAUUGGCCAACUAGGUUCCGGGUCGGUUUAGGCAUCGCUAGAGGCCUCGCUUGGCUUCAUCACGGGUGCGAUCCACCCUUCUUGCAUCAGAACUUGUGCUCCAACGUGAUCCUUAUCGAUGAAGACUUUGAGGCCCGAAUAGUUGAUUUCGGCUUGUCGAGGCUCAUGACUACCACGGAGUCCGACGGGAGCAGUUUCGUGAAUGGCGACUUAGGGGAGUUUGGUUAUAUUGCCCCAGAAUACUCGAGCACCAUGGUUGCUUCGAUGAAGGGGGAUGUUUAUGCGUUUGGUGUGGUGCUUUUGGAGUUGGUAACGGGGCAAAAGCCUCUAGCGGUGAGCAUCCCUGAUGAAGAAUUCAAGGGUAAUCUAGUGGAUUGGGUGAAUGUGCUCUCUAGCACCGACAGAACUAAGGAUGCCGUCGACAAAACUCUCUGGAAACACGGUUACGACGGCGAAAUUCUGCAGUUCCUUAAAAUCGCUUGCAGUUGCAUAGUUACUCGACCCAAGGACCGAUGGUCCAUGUACCAGGCUUACCAGUCAUUGAAGAGCAUGGCCGAAGAGCAGGGUAUGACGGAGCAAUACGACGAGUUUCCUCUCAUUUUCUUGAAGCAGGAUAGUGAGUCGAUGUAGCUUAAGGGGGAAGAGUCGAAGCUUGAUGCAAUUGUCAGUCUUCGGUUCCCAUGGAAAUUCAAAAGUAUUUGGUAAAAACUCGCAAACAUCACUUGUGUAAAGAGUGGCGCAAUCUGCAUCUUCAGCAGCAUACGUAAUUUUUCUAGAUGAUGGAUGGCAAUAAGCUAUUUAGCUCUUGGUUCUUGCAUUUAUCAGGAGCAUAUGAUAUUUUCUGGUUCUUUUCUGUGUGGGAAGAGGUUUUCAUCAUUUAUUUGCUCCCCUGCUUAUCGAUUCAUAGUUCACUGCGGUAAUUAACAUCCAUCAGCUGCCAUAUUUUACUUUCUCAUGCCUCUACCGGUUAUCCGGACCGGAUAUUCGCUUGUUGUUCAUGCAUAG